AUGCCUUCAGUAUCGACGUUGUCAGAGGAAGAGAAGACCAAAGUCAAAAACGCGAUCCCCAAAUCUUCAAACAAGAUCCACACCGCGGCCCUCAGCCGCAUCUACUACGCACACCCGAAUCCGAAUGAAUGGUCGUACUCUGGACUGCAAGGCGGACUUGCGUUUGUCAAGGACAACACCAGAAAUGCAUUUUACUUUAGACUGGUUGAUCUCACUGGGACAAGGGGUGUAAUCUGGGAGCAUGAGCUAUACGAGGGCUUUGAGUAUUUCCAGGACAGGCCCUUCUUUUUCUCUUUCGCUGGAGAUGAUUGUAUGAUCGGUUUUGUCUUCGCCGAUGAGAGCGAAGCCAAAACCUUACACAAAAAGGUUGUUUCUAGGAAGGCCGAUACCGGCAAAGCGAAAGCUUCUAUUUCCAAGAAGAGUUCUGUCAAGGGCGGCAAGAUUGACAAGUCCAUGAUCUCUGGGCCCGCCCAGGGCUCUUUCAGACACGUUGCUCACAUGGGCUAUGAUGCUGAGAAAGGAUUCACAAGCACAGGAGUCGACCCGUCCUGGUCGACCUUGCUAUCUUCACUUGAAUCACAGGGAGUUAACAAGGAGAUUCUCCAGAAUAACAUGGACUUCAUCAAGGAAUAUGUUCGUGAUGCGCAGGCGCAGGCAGCUGGUGGCGGGGAGAAGAAGAAACCGCCCCCGCCGCCGGCACCCAGGCGAGGACAUGGUCAGAAAGAAAGUACCUCAUCUAUCGCGAUGCCACCACCGCCACCACCUUCUCGUGCUCCACCUUUCCGUGCUCUGCCGCCGCCUUCGGCUGCUCCGCCGCUGCCGUCGACUGCACCACCACCGCCUUCGGCUGUACCACCACCACCGCCGACUGCACCACCACCACCGCCGGUUGCACCGCCAUCACCGCCUCCUGCCCCGCUUUCUCGUGCUCCUCCUGCACCCGCCCCGCCUUCUGCUCCGCCGUCGCGUCCCUCCGUAGCGCCUCCCACGCGUCCCUCUGCUGCUCCGCCAGUAUCGCCAGCGCCUCCAGCACCCCCUUCACGCCCUGCGGCCACACCUCCAGCACCUCCCCCGCCGGGUCGUCCUGCUCCCAGCGGAAGUGUGCCUCCCCC